AUGCCCGUUCCACCGGCAACUAGGACAAGUCCCGGCGCGAAGGCGCCGACUAGGCCACCCGUUCGCAGACGGGAACGGCAAAUCGGAGGAUCUCAGCGCAGGAUGGCAGAUCUCCAACCGGGGUUAGAUUUCACAAACGUGGCUCUUCGUCCUUAUGCGAAUGUAGAGCGUAUGAGAAAUGAACUUCUCCGAUGCUAUCUCCUGUCGCCCCCGGCGAGCGAGAUCCCCGAGGCAAUAUCUCCGUUCACGGUGCAGUAUAUCUCGUGCGUCUUAGCCACGUAUCCGCGAUGUAUGCUGAGUGAUGGCGGCCUUCCGCCGCUUGUCCAUCGUGCGCAGGUCCAGGGCCAGGAAAUGCCUCGGGCGCUGGCAAAUUGCUUUAGUUUGGUGCGAAUGUGGUAUCAGGCGGUGCCGGGGAGCGAGGCGAUGGUUGCGGGCAUGGUGGAGCAAGAGAUGGAGAGGUUAGCGGGCAAGCCCCCGGGCCAAGGCGACUAUAUCCUUCUAUGCACCUUCCAAGCUUACCUCCUCUACUCAAUCAUGAUUUAUUUCUCCCCCCUCCCGAACACGUCUGCCCUCAAAUACAAAACUAUGAUCACGCUAAGCGAACUCGCCUGUCGGACCGUUCGCAACGGCUUCUCCUGCGCCGCCGAGCACUCGCAUACCCGUCCUCCCUGGGAAACAUGGAUCGUGGCCGCCUCGAAGCGUCGUACCUUCGUCACAAUGGAAUUGUUCAGGAUCGCGUUCAAUGCUGGUCGGCUACUCCCCAGCUCUGUUACCAGUGAGCUAGGGGAUAUCUUUGCGUCGGGGAAUAGAGCGCUCUGGGAGGCGAGCGACCGCGAUUCUUGGGGCAGAGAGCAUGAUCGAUACUUGCUGGACUGGGAGGACGGGAUGCUAAAUACAUCGGAGCUGUACCGACCCGAGGCGACAGCACAGAAAGAGCGUGUCGAGAGGUGGGUGCAGUCAGUGGAUGAGUUUGGGAUGAUGUUGUUUGCGGUUUGCGCGCAUAUUCGUGGGCGUUGA